GAUUGUGUCCUGAGCCUGCAGGUCAGGAGGAAAGAUUCAGCGACCAACAAAGUGAAGAUCUAGGAAUCUGUUUUCCCUGAACCAGUGUAGAACUGAUAAAACUUAGAGAGAAGGCCUGGCAGAACACAUCCCUGCUCAGCUGGAGGAAAGUCACAGAGCAUCUGAGAAGAGGCUGGAACCUUCACUUUGCAAACACAUAACGUGCUGACCGAGGGAGUAUAGAGAUCUAAGACUGAGGUGGAUCGACUAGGAGUGGCUCCUCGCAGCAUAAAGGGAGACACUUUACACUCUGUUUUGGAAUGAGAAGUUAAAUUCAUGAGCACACAUGAUUUAGAAGACAUGGGCUGUGGCACUUCAUCUGCGACACAAGACAGGCAGCCUGAGAAAGUGCUGAAAGCCGCUCUGGUCAUCCAGAACUGGUACCGAGGUUACAGCGCUCGACUGAAGGCCAGACAGCGCUACGCCCUCACCAUCUUCCAGUCCAUCGAAUAUGCUGAUGAACAAGGCCAGUUGCAGCUCUCCAACUUCUUUUCCUUCAUGUUGGAAAACUACACACAUACGCGUGAAAAAGAUCCAGAAAUAGUUGCUCGACUUUUUGGUAGCACCUCCCAGGACAACAGGGAUAGACAGGAGUGUGUCACAUUGAUAGAGGUUCCAAACUCCUACAACGGUCCUCGACUGCAAUUUCCUCUCACCUUUACUGAUAUUGAUUUACUUGUUGAGGCCUUCAAGCAACAACAGAUACUUCAUGCUCGUUAUGUCUUAGAGGUGCUCUUUGAGACCAAGAAAGUCCUGAAGCAAAUGCCGAACUUCACUCACAUAAAUACUUCUCCUUCCAAAGAGAUAACAAUCUGUGGUGAUUUGCAUGGGAAACUGGAUGAUCUUUUUUUGAUCUUCUAUAAGAAUGGUCUCCCCUCAGAGAGCAACUCCUAUGUUUUUAAUGGGGAUUUUGUAGAUCGAGGAAGAAAUUCCAUAGAGAUCCUAAUGAUCCUGUUUGUGAGUUUUCUUGUCUACCCCAAUGACCUGCACUUGAACAGAGGGAACCAUGAAGAUUUUAUGAUGAAUCUGAGGUAUGGCUUCACAAAAGAAAUUUUGUAUAAAUAUAAGAUACAUGGGAAAAAAAUCUUGCAAAUUCUAGAGGACGUCUAUACCUGGCUCCCAAUUGGUACAAUCAUUGACAAUGAAAUCCUCGUCAUACAUGGUGGGAUAUCAGAGUCCACGGACUUGAAUUUACUCCACCGUAUAGAAAGACACAAAAUGAAAUCUGUGCUGAUGCCACCAGUUCCCUUAGAUGGAGGCCACGAUACCAAGUCAAAGAAACACAAAAUAAAUGCAACGGUUAUGCCUUGGGAAGUCACAUCAAGUUCAUCCCUUUCUGAGCAGUUGACAAAGCAUGAAUGGGAACAGAUUAUCGAUAUUCUGUGGAGCGACCCCAGAGGCAAAAGAGGCUGCUACCCAAACACAAGUCGAGGAGGGGGCUGCUACUUUGGACCAGAUAUUACCUCCAAGGUUCUUAAUAGAUUCCAGUUGAAGAUGCUCAUUAGGUCUCAUGAAUGUAAGCCCGAAGGGUAUGAAAUCUGCCAUGAUGGGAAGGUUGUUACUGUAUUUUCUGCUUCUAAUUACUAUGAAGAAGGCAGCAAUCGAGGCGCUUACAUCAAACUGUCUUCUGAUACGAACCCUCGAUUCUACCAGUACCAAGUAACGAGGACAACAUGCUUGAGGCCUCUUUACCAAAGGGUGAAUGCUAUUGAAAGUAGUGCCAUCAGGAUAUUAAGAGAGAGAAUAAUUUCACGAAAAACUGACCUCAUUAAUGCUUUCCACCUUCAAGACCGCACUAAAUCAGGAAAAAUUUCUAUGAGCCAGUGGGCUUUUUCCAUGGAGAACAUUUUGGGGCUGAACUUACCAUGGAGAUCCCUGAGUUCACAUCUGGUCACCACAGACACAAAUGGAAAUAUUAACUACAUGUCCAGCUUCCAGGAUAUCCACAUUCAGAAACCUGUGAAAGAGGCUCAAUCUACUCUAAUUGAAACUCUGUACAGAUACCGAUCUGACCUGAAAAUCAUCUUUAAUGUCAUUGAUUCUGAUCACUCAGGCCUGAUUUCCAUGGAAGAAUUUCGUUCCAUGUGGAAACUCUUCAAUCGUCACUACAACAUUCAUAUUGAUGAUGUUCAAGUUGAUGACCUCGCUGAAAGAAUGGACUUAAACAAAGACGGAAGCAUUGACUUUAAUGAGUUUCUAAAGGCUUUCUAUGUAGUGCAUAAAUUGGAUAAGUUGAACAAAUCAGAGAGCAGCCUUGCUUAACAAGAACCAGGGCUUUCUCUCCUUGUAAACCUUGCAGCCCAAAUCACCGACACCAUCUUUCCCAGAACCCUUGUAAUUCAUAAUCAGUUGUAGAGAAAAGUAGACCCCCAUUCAUGCCAUGAGCAGAUGUGUAGUGUGGGUAUUUGAGUCCCCAGUAAGCUGUAAUUGGUAAGACUAGGUUAAAUGUCAGCUGAUAGGAUUUGGCUCCAGUGUUGGGACUCCUGCAUUGCCAGGUAGAAAUAGGAUUUGAGCCUCGUGUUGGCCUCUUGGACCAGGAGACCAGAGCCAUUUGGAAACAUCUUGAAAGGAACCCACAGAGCCCCAGAGAAAAGUGCAACAUCUGUGAGUGACUGAGGGAUGGGAGGAAGAAUACGAACCUAGUAAUGGAAUAAAAUAUUUCUGUCUUUAAACUGAA